GAUCCGUUUUAAGAGCCUUCUUAAAGGCUAUAAGAGUAGAAAUGUCACGAAUCUCCUUCGGCAGGUCAUUCCAUAGCUUCGGAGCUGCGAUGGAAAAGGCCCUCUGGGUGACUGAACAUGAUGCCAACUGCCAAGGCACACCAUAAUUUCCCCACCCAGGCAUUCAAAAAGGCUAGAAGUAGCCCCAUGGCAGAGAGAAUAGAGAUGGUCAGUGCUUCUUUUAGACCAGGGACUCCCAAACUUUGGUCCUCCAGAUGUUUUGGACUUCAGCUUCCAGAAUUCCUGACUGUCUGCUAAGCUGACUGGGGCUUCUGAGAGUUGAAGUCCAAAAACCUGGAGGAUAAAAGGUUGGGAAUCACUGUUUUAGACUAAGGUUGACUAAACUCUUGCCUUUCAUGACUCUACUCAGAGAAGGGAGUGGUUCCUAAUUUGAUAAAGGUUAAGUUAAAGUACUUACAUUGACCCGUGGAUAAGUCAUUCCAGGUUCUUUAGGUUGAUGUUUUGAAUGAAAUUUCUAGACUUACACGUGAGCAUACACAAUACAGUACUCCUAAGUGACGCCUGCUGGAAGUUGCCUUUAUGUACACAAUGCGCUUUUGCUAAUGUAAGAUUGCUUGCUUAGGAGAAAAGCUUUCUGUCAAAGAUCUUCUCCUUUCCACGCUCUAUUCACAUGCCAUUGUUUGGUGUGCGCACGUGUGUUUGUGUGUAUAGGACUCUCAUCUCCCACAAGAACGGGAGGCAAAGUCCCUGCUGAGUCAGAAGCGGGUAAAGAAGUAUGAUAAACAACUCAGUAACUUCCCACUUAGUUACUGAGCUCCACACUGCAAAAAUAAUCCAGUUUGAGACCGUCUUAACUGUCCCAGCUCAAUGCUAGGGAAUCCUAGGAAUUGUUGUUUAUUGGGGCACCAAAGCUCUCUGAUUCAGAAAGCUAAAUGUCUCACAAAACUACAGUUCCCAUAAUUUCCUAACACUGAGCCAGGGCAGUGAAAGCAGUCUGAAAUGGGAUUAUUUCUGCAAGUGUUUUGGACCUGAGUUGCAUGGAGUAAAUUAGUGCGUAAUGGCAACUAAAUAGAAUUCAAGGGAUCCCCUCUCCUACUCAAGAACAUGUGUCAUAUGGAUAGCUGCAUUGCUGCUUAUCUGCAUAUCUAUAAUUAUCUCCGUGGCUGAGUUUUAAAGGAAUGCUAGCCAAGAUGGACUCUGUUCCCCAAAUAGGUUCAGCGCCUUUGAAAAUUCCUUUGAAACUAAAGUGGGUGCCUCACCCCAUGGAUAUGGACACCUGCAGUCACUACAGGUGAGAGUUGCAGAUGAUCUCCUUGUCCUUGCUAAUCUAAAAUCUAGGUCCUGCAAGGUUUGGAUCCACUAGACCAUCGCACUUUUUAGCAUCCCAAGGUAACCCACAAAUCCCCAUUUUGCAGUGACUCAGCCUGGCACAGCUGGUUCUCAAUUUUGGAACAUGUCUAUGAAUUUACAAAGUGCCACUCUGUCACUACUGGGAGACCACAACUGUGGGUAUAUCUACACUGUGGAAAUAAUGGAGUUUGGCACCACUUUAACAGCCUUGGUUCCGUGCUGCAGAAUCUUGGCAUUUGUAGUUUGGUGAGGCACCAGCACUCUUUGGUCACUAAAGACCUUGUAAAACUACAAAUCUCGGAAUUCCACAGGAUGGAGCAACAGCACUUAAAGUGAUGUCAAACUGCAUGAUUUCUACAAUGUAGAUGUACCCUGUGUCGUUGUGUAUGACAACUAGACUUUUUUUUUUUUUUUGAAGAUGAGUUUUCUCAUCUGGGAUUUUUGUCCUACCUAUUGUUGGGCAGGCGAGGGCACUCUUCCACAGAUUUUGAAGGCAUCUUUGGUGCUUUCGUUUUAUGUAUGUUUUUCUUUCGAACUUCACCUGCUGGUUGUACAAUGGACCUUUGCUCUCAGAAAACAGAUAUAUUAAAAAUGUUUUUUAAAAAUGUUAAAAUCUAGGAAAGCAGUUGCCUUAGACUGCAAAGGCCCAGUGUUGCCCAGUGCCAGGGAUGCACAACAUCUCUGGGCAAGGAGACAUUUUUCAAAUUCAACUGUUUAAGGACCACAUGCCCAAGAUUUUAUGUUUAAUGUGGUUUUUCUAUUCCUUUUUGCGCUCUCCAAGGGGCGCCAUAGCUGCAGUGGCGCGGCUUUGUGACGCCCCUCCAGCACUGCGUCAUGUAGAUGCAGCACUGGAGUCGUGCCAUGAUGCCACAUGCCAUCUGGAAGGGCGCAUGGUAUCAUGAUGUAAUGGGGGUGGAGUCAGGGUAUCCAGCAUGUGGACACUGUGCCCUUACUCUCCACUUGCACAGCAUAGGAAUUGUGGGCACAUCUACCCUGUUGAAACAAUUCAGUUUGACACCAGUUUGAGUGCAGUAGCUCUAUCCUAUGGAAUCCUGGGAUGUGCCAUGUUACAAUGUCUGUAUCAUUCUCUGCCAAAGAGUACUGGUGCCUCAUCAAACUACAAAUCCUGGGAUUCUGUAGGAUGAAGGCAUGACAGUUAAAGUGGGGUCAAACGGUAUUAUUUCUACAGUGCAGAUGCACCCUGAGUCAAGCACCUAUAAGUUAUGGAAGCAAAGUGGCGAGAGAUGAAGGAGGUAGGUGGGAAAAGAAUGCUUCACCUUGUGUGUACGUAUAUGUAAUUUCAAGUCCCAUGAAUUUCAUUGGGUUUUUAAAAAUAAGGAAUGCUCAGAUGUGACUUUGCCAUUGCCUUCCUCUGAAUAUAGCUUAUAGCAUCUAGGGAUAUUUUUUUUUUGACAGUCCUGCACCCAAAUAUUAACCAGAGCUGACCAGGUUUCAAGAUCAGACAGAAUCUGCUAUUUUCAUGGUGUUUAUGCCUUAGGCAGAAUUUUUCCCCCUUUAGUCUGGGCUGAUGAAUGCCAACAAACCUGUUUUCUCCUCUGGUCAGGCUGACCAGUUUCAGUCGCAUAUUGUACAUACUGUACUGUGUGUAUUGACUCAAGACAACCAUUCAGUUGAACAUCCAUCCUAUUCGCCAUGGAGAUCGGAGGGGUGCUGACCAUCUUGCUAGGCAUUUGCUUGGUCCUCAUCUCUUUAUGGAGGAGGAGGCACAAAGAGGGGAAGUUGCCUCCCGGACCAAUGCCCCUGCCCUUCUUCGGCAACUUACUGCAAUUGAAAAUUAAAGAUAACUUCAAGUCCUUCCUAGAGCUAAGAAACAAAUAUGGCCCUGUAUUCACAGUGUACCUGGGUCCCCGCCGAGUUGUGAUUCUUUUUGGGCACGAGACAGUGAAGGAAGCUCUGGUGGACCAUGCGGAAGAGUUCAGCGGGAGGGGAGAACUGGCUUCCAUUGAAAGGACCUUUAAUGGAUUUGGACUUGCCUUCUCCAACGGGGAACGCUGGAAGCAGCUCCGUCACUUCUCUCUCAUCACAUUGAAGAAUUUUGGGAUGGGGAGAUGGUCCAUCGAAGAGCGGAUCCAGGAAGAAGCACAGUACCUGCUGGAGGAAUUCAGGAAAACCAAGGGUAUGCCAUUUGACCCCACCUUCUUUCUAAGCCGCACAGUUUCCAACAUUAUGAGCUCCAUUGUUUUUGGCAGUCGUUUUGAGUAUGAAGACAAGACCUUCCUCUCCUUGUUGGAAAUGAUAGAGAAAGCCUUCAUUGAGAUGAGCACCCCUUGGGCACGGCUCUAUGAAAUGUAUUCUGGCAUCAUGCAAUACUUGCCUGGGAGACACAACUGUAUCUAUGACCUCCUGGAGAAGCUGAAAGCCUUCAUUGCUGAGAAAGUCAAAGUCAGUCAAGAGACACUGGAUCCCAACAACCCAAGAGAUUUUAUUGACUGCUUCCUCAUCCAGAUGGAGAAGGAAAAGGGAAAGCCUUCCACCGAAUUCACUACGAAAAAUUUGGUUCUCACUGCUCUCAACAUGUUCUUUGCUGGUACAGAAACUGUCAGCUCCACCUUGAAAUACGGAUUCCUCUUGCUGAUGAAACACCCAGAAGUAGAAGAGAAGAUCCACCAAGAAAUUGAUUCUGUCAUUGGCCACAACCGUAUUCCUGCUGUGAAGGACAGGAUGAACAUGCCCUACACAGAUGCAGUCAUCCAUGAGAUCCAAAGGUUCUCAAAUUUCAUCCCCUUGGGAUUGCCACAUAUGGUGACCCGGGACACUGAGUUUCGGGGUUACCUCCUUCCCAAGGGCACUAACGUAUUCCCCUUACUAGGCUCAGCUUUGAAUGACCCCAAAUAUUUCAGUCACCCUGCAAUAUUCAACCCUGAACACUUCCUAGAUGAGGAAGGUCGCUUUAAGAAGAAUGAGGCCUUUGUGCCAUUCUCCUCAGGAAAACGCGUCUGCGUGGGAGAAGCUAUAGCCCGCAUGGAGCUCUUCUUGUAUUUCACCACCAUCCUGCAAAACUUUUCAAUCAAAUCCAUUGUGGCUCCAAAGGAUAUUGACAUCUCUCCCCAGAUAAGUGGCUUUGGGACCAUUCCUCCUGCGUAUGAGAUGUGUUUGGUGCCUCACUGAUCUUGCCAUUGAGGUGGUGUCCAUCUUGCAUGGAUGCAGGGGAGGAAGAUCCUGUUCACAACUUUUCUCCUCUGUGUCUCUUGAGAAUCAUUCACAAACACACACUUCUGGCAUUGUUUUAACUAUAGUCACUGUUGUAAAUGGAAUUCUGGAAAAGAUGGGCCUGCUAGGCAUGUCACCAUUGAGAUCGUUCUUGUGGCCUCUCCAGUUUGAAAAGGCAUUUAUACCAUUUUUAAAUUGCACAUUCAUCAUCUUUGCACAGCUCUGUAUAGUAUUCGUUUUUGUAUUGCUCUUGUCUUGAUUGAAUCUGUCAUUAAGCUGCAUGUAAGCAAACAAACUGUCUUCCUUAAGAAACUUUUCUUGUGAUUUAAGCUCAUACAAAAGGUCAUCAUAAAAGAACCAUUUCCAAUUUUUAA